CCACGGCUGCCUUCACUGCCAUCGGUGCUUGUUUAGGUGCUGCUGCAGCCACGGCUCUGGUGGCGCCAAGGCCGAGCCCCAGGUGGAGGUAAAGCCCCGCCGGCGCCGCCUCCGUGUGGCGGCUCGGCGUCGGCGGCCCCUGCGGCUAUCCGGGACGUCUCGGCGGAUGUGCGCAGUGCCCGAGUGAGGAUGCGGCUCUUCUACCGGCUGCUCAAGCAGUCGGUGCCCCAGCAGAUCGAGCGCUACUCCCGCUUCUCUCCGUCACCGCUCUCUAUCAAACAGUUCCUGGACUUUGGUAGAGAUAAUGCAUGUGAAAAAACUUCAUAUAUGUUUCUGCGUAAGGAGCUUCCUGUUCGACUGGCUAACACAAUGAGAGAGGUUAAUCUUUUGCCGGAUAACUUGUUGAACCGCCCUUCAGUGGGAUUAGUUCAGAGUUGGUACAUGCAGAGCUUCCUUGAACUUUUAGAAUAUGAAAACAAGAGCCCAGAAGACCCACGGAUUUUAGAUAGCUUUCUCCAUGUUCUGAUUAACAUCAGAAACAGACACAACGAUGUUGUUCCUACAAUGGCUCAAGGCGUGAUUGAGUACAAGGAAAAGUUUGGAUUUGAUCCAUUUAUUAGCAGUAACAUCCAAUAUUUCCUGGAUCGUUUUUAUACCAACCGCAUUUCUUUCCGCAUGCUUAUUAACCAACACACACUUCUGUUUGGUGGUGACACUAAUCCUGCUCAUCCUAAACACAUAGGAAGUAUUGAUCCCACCUGUAAUGUCGCUGAUGUGGUGAAAGAUGCAUAUGAAACAGCAAAGCUGCUCUGUGAACAGUAUUACCUGGUUGCCCCAGAGCUGGAAGUAGAAGAAUUCAAUGCCAAAGCACCAAACAAACCUAUUCAGGUAGUUUAUGUGCCCUCACAUCUGUUUCACAUGCUAUUUGAGUUGUUCAAGAACUCCAUGAGAGCAACAGUUGAACUACAUGAAAACAGAAAAGAGGGCUACCCACCUGUUAAAACUCUUGUCACUCUGGGUAAAGAAGACUUGUCCAUUAAGAUAAGUGACCUAGGUGGUGGAGUCCCUCUUCGGAAAAUAGACCGUCUUUUCAACUACAUGUAUUCAACUGCCCCUCGACCCAGCCUGGAGCCUACAAGAGCUGCUCCCUUGGCUGGAUUUGGUUAUGGCUUGCCAAUCUCUCGUCUGUAUGCCAGAUAUUUCCAGGGCGAUCUAAAACUGUAUUCCAUGGAAGGAGUGGGUACUGAUGCUGUCAUUUAUCUGAAGGCCCUUUCAAGUGAGUCCUUUGAGAGACUACCAGUUUUCAAUAAGUCCGCGUGGCGCCAUUACAAGACUACUCCUGAAGCUGAUGACUGGAGCAAUCCCAGCAGCGAACCAAGGGACGCAUCAAAAUACAAGGCUAAACUGGACAAGAUCAAGACUAAUAGAACAUUGUAGAAAACCGAGUGCUGUGGUCAUCUCUGAAGAUGGAUUAUCUUCUGCAAGUUAACCAGACACCUUAUUCUACCAACUCUUAAUCAUGGCACUAUUGUUAUUCUGAAUGCUUUAUUAUGUUGCUUCCUUUAUAUUGACUCAGUGUUUCCCAUAGAGCGCUUCCUCUAGUGAAUCCACUCGUACCUUCCACUAAAGUUGUAACCUGAACAGUUUGUCAUGGUGUUUUUCUGUGGCAUCACUUGCCUCCGUCACAGUAGAGCACGGAGCCUCCUUAGCACUCUUGUACCCUGUACUCUGUAUCUUAUCAUGGAUUUAGCAUCUAAGUCUUCCCAAGAUUCUGAGCACCUUCCUCUUUCCAGGUACAGCAGAUCCUACUGUUGACUUCGUGACCUCCAGCUAGGGCCUGGGGAGUCUGGAAGGGGAAGGUGUCAGUAGAGUACAUCUUGCAAAUUCAACCCCACGGUUCUUCCUGUUCCAUAUAUGCACCGCCUUCACUCUCUGAAUCAGUGUUGUGCCGACUUCCAUCUGACUGUAUUCUCAUCGUGAGGUGUGGUACUUUCGGAUUAAAACCUACUCAUCUGUAUUAUUUUUACUUUAAAGUUCGUUUGCAUACUUCUCUUCCAUUGAUUAAAGUACUCUAAAAGUUG